AUGGUCAAACCAGGAAAGGCUGGUUUUCAAACUUCGGCAGCCCGGGGAUCCAUUUUGAAAUUCAAAAACAUAUACAGAUAUGGCGGCGAUUGAAAUCCCUCGCAAUCCUUGUCCAUUUUGUGUUUAUUGAAGUAGUUUUUGGGCUAUUGCUUAUAUUAACAUUAUUUAGCACUCAUUUAGCUAAUAAUUUUUAUGAAUGUUGGAAGGAGGUUGGCUCAAUGGCUGAUGGCAACAGUGAUGUGGAAUGGUGUUUCUCUCAAGUCAAAGGAACCGUAGAAGAAGAAGUUACCGAAGCUGACAUCAUUUCAACUGUCGAGUUUAAUCACGAUGGUGAGUUGUUAGCAACUGGAGACAAAGGUGGAAGAAUUGUGAUUUUUCAAAGAGAGAAUGCACCAAAGGGUUCACCUAGGUAUGGUGAAUACACAGUCUACAGCACUUUUCAAAGCCAUGAACCAGAAUUUGACUAUUUAAAAAGCCUGGAAAUUGAGGAGAAGAUUAAUCAAAUUAAAUGGCUUCGUCGAAAAAAUCAAGCCCAUUUUCUUCUUUCAACGAAUGACAAAACUGUCAAACUUUGGAAAAUUUCUGAACGAUGUACUAGAGCAGAAGGAUUUAAUCUUUGUGAUGAGCGAGGCAUGGGAAUAUCAUCACCAAAACUAACAGAGUUGAAGGUGCCAGUUUUGAGGCCUUCAGAGUUGACUGUUGAAGCAAGUCCAAGAAAGAUAUUUGCUAACGCUCACACCUACCACAUUAACUCAAUAUCUAUAAAUAGUGACGAUGAAACUUAUCUGUCCGCCGAUGAUCUUAGAAUUAAUUUGUGGCAUUAUGGAAUUACCAAUCAAAGUUUUAAUAUUGUUGAUAUCAAACCUGCAAAUAUGGAGGAACUCACAGAGGUGAUAAAGGCUGAGUUCCAUCCCCUAGAAUGUAAUAUUUUUGCCUAUAGUAGCAGCAAGGGUACUGUUCGUCUAUGUGAUAUGAGAACAGCAGCACUCUGUGAUCGACAUUCAAAAUUGUUUGAACAACCAGAAGAUCCUGCAAGCAAAUCAUUUUUCUCUGAAAUAAUAUCAUCUAUAUCUGAUGUAAGAUUUUGUCACAGUGGAAGAUACAUGCUGACUCGUGAUUAUCUCACUGUCAAAGUUUGGGAUCUCAAUAUGGAGAAGACACCCGUUGAUGUUUUUAAUGUUCAUGAUUAUCUCAAGACUAAAUUGUGUUCACUUUAUGAAAAUGAUUGCAUUUUUGACAAAUUUGAAUGUUCAUGGAGUGGAAAUGACAAAUCCAUUAUGACAGGCUCCUACAACAACUUCUUUCAUGUAUUUAAUCGUGAAACAAAAGAAGAUAUGUGCUUUGAAGCAUCAAGAGAAGGUGCAAAACCAAAGCAAGCUUUGGAAUUGAAAAAAGUUGCUACAUCAGGAAAACGAAAGAAAGAUGAAAUUACUUUAGAAUGUUUAGACUUUAACAAAAAAAUUUUACACACAGCUUGGCAUCCUCUGGACAACAUUACUGCAGUUGCAGCAACAAAUAACUUGUAUCUUUUUCAAGGUCGACCAAAACAACAUUGACCUAUUGUUAUAAAUGUGACUAUUGAAAUCAUACAAUCUAGAUCAUUUUUCUGGUGCAGAAUUUAGCACCCUAAAUAAACCAAUAUAGUUUUGGUUUUGUUGUAA